UUCCCAACGCGCAAUGAAUCGAGAAGACGCCAAAAGUGACGCAUCUGACAGUAAGAAAGAUGUCGUUGAGCAGGCGUGUUCAGACCAAGAACUGCAACCCGGGGAGCGAUGCUGUUGUAGCAACCUCCAGCGUCUCGCGUCCCCCUACGUCUUCGGCGUCUUGGUGUGUCUCGUCAACCUCCUACAGGCAGCUGCUUCGACUGGAACGGGAGGAGGUGUUUUAAGUACGAUUGAGAAACGCUUCCAGUUAAAAACCUCCGAGUUGGCGCCCUUCCUGAUCGUCAACGACAUCGUCAGUGUUAUAAUGGUGCUCUUCGUGGCGUACUACGGACACACCAGUCACCGGCCAAGAAUCAUCGGGGUUGGCAGCCUUCUAAUCGGCCUGGGUCUGCUGCUCUGUAUGCUGCCGCAGUUCAUCUACGAGACACCGCAGCAGUUUUCGAUCACGAUCGGUCGCGACGAGAACGGUACGGCAGAGGAGAACAUUUACCCGGUGUGCCUGAAGACCGGCGUUACACCUGCUGUUUGUACUGAUGAGGAGGAGAGGAACUCUGGGUCCCUCAUGUGGCAGGUGGCUUUGAUUAUCGUGGGUCAGAUACUGUACGGUCUAGGGUCAGCACCGAUCUUACCUCUUGCGGUUACGUACAUGGAUGACAGUCUUCAUCACCGGACUUCAACAUCGGUUUUCGUAGCUUGCUCGUUCAUCGGCACAGCUCUGGGUCCUCUACUAGGCUUCGGAAUCAGCGGAUUUUGUCUGUCCAUGCACUCCGAUUUUUACAAAGGUCCAGUUUACGCCACAUCCGACGACCCCAACUGGCUAGGCGCCUGGUGGCUGACCUAUGCCUUUAUUGGGUCUUUGAUCACCGUUGUUGGGUUACCAAUAGUGUUCUUUCCGAAGAGGAUCAGGAGACGGAAGGAGAAAGUCGAAGACGCGGAAGAGAUGGUGGAGGUAGUGAAAGAGGGAGUGGCAAGUGGGGACGAGAUUGACAGCGAGAAUGGAAAUGUAGCUGAGCUGUACCGACUGCAUGUCCACAAGACUAGCGAGGGGAAAUUUGCCUUCGUCAAAGGUUUCUUCAGCGCCAUUCUUCGCCUAGUAACCAAUCUGACCUUUAUGGCCCUUGUUUUUGGAGUCUGCGCAGUACUUGCCUCCCUUGCUGGCACUUUAACUUUCAUGGCUAAGUAUCUAGAGACGCAGUUUUCCCUGUCUGCUUCGACAGCACCCAUGCUCUUCGGUAUCAUGCUGACCCCCGGAGCAGUAUUCGGCAAUCUGAUUGGUGGCUUCGUGGUCAAGAAGCUGAAACUGACCAAGAAGGGAAUGGCAAGAAUGGUGGUCAUUGUCCUGCCGUGGCUGUUCCUCCUCGCUCCGGCGUACCUCCUCCUUGGAUGCAAUAACCGGGACAUCGCUGGCAUCACCUUUAGCUAUCCAAACAUGACAGGCACAAAACUUCCAAACCUGCAUGCGGAGUGCAACGCCGACUGCGCAUGUCCGACAGAGUACACUCCAAUAUGCGGCUCCGAUGGUGUGACGUAUGCAACGCCAUGUCACGCUGGAUGCCUAGCUACGGCGCAAGGGAAGCUUGAAGGAGGAGAUGGGGGUAACAUAACGAUCUACACCGACUGUGAGUGCAUUGGUCCAAACAGUCCGGCCGACCCCCUUGGCUUGAGUGGAGACUACGACCACGUGGCGAUCACCGGAGAAUGCCCCAAUGAAUGCAGCAUGCUGAUUCCAUUCGUCGCUUCGGUGACGGUAGGGUCGCUGCUCACCACGAUCGUUGGUAACCCAGGCUUCAUGCUCCAACUCAGGUUGGUAGAUGAUGAUGACCGUUCUGUCGCCAUCGGGUUUACGUCCAUGGCUCUCCGUUUACUAGGAUUUAUCCCUUCACCCAUCAUCUUUGGUGCGGUCAUCGACACGGCUUGUCGCCUCCUCCAGUCGUCGUGCGGGAAGACGGGAAACUGUCUGGUCUACGACAUCGUGCACUUCAGAUACGCCUUCAAUGGACUGACGUUUGGUUUCAACGCACUGUCUUUUAUCAUGUUCCUCGUGUGCUACCUGUCGAUAACAAGAGUGGCUGGUCAAACCAAGGACUUUAAAGAAAGGGCUGAAGUCAACGGAGCACGCGUCGCUAACACUUCUAAUGAUGUCAUUGGCGCAGAUGAGGGCACAAAUGAGACGAUGGGGGCGCUAUAGGCGAAUGGUGUAUGAAACCGUUUUCAGAAGAUCCUACGAGUCUGCGCCAAAAUAAAGGGAUUAAAAUACCGCGGGGUGUCAGCCUCAAUUUGAAACUUACAAUUGCUGAUGUGCAACAAAACAUGUUCUAUCACAGAUUAUCUAAGUCGUACAUCAACCAAUGCCUUUAAAGAUACAGUUUAUUUUUAGGAAUAUAAUAUUGUUCUAGUACAUGUCGUAUUUUUACGUAUUUUUUAGUACAUGUCGUAUUUUUAAGGAAUAAACCAUUUCUUGAUGUUGAAAUUAGCGAACAAUCUUUAAACAACACCCUUGAAUUCACAGUUCUGUGCAUAGCCUACAAAAGAUAUUGACUUACAGUACACAGGACUAUCAUUAAAUAUGAAUGCAUUUGGCAACUUGCUAGACCAUUCUUAGAAAACAGUUAUCUUCAAUGUCUUUAAAAUAAAGUCUACAGGUUAACUGUCAAAUGGUAUAUUAACCUACUUAAACAAGCACUCGCAUUCAAUGUUAUUUAGCAUGACGUCUGAUCCAAAGGUACUUGAUCUUAACAAAUUGUUAUAUUUUCAUGCUUGUUAUUAAAAGAUCGUAGCUCAACUACAAAGACUUAUAGCAAUUCCUCAACAGGUCUAGAGACCUGCCUAAAGUGCUUACCAGCUUUGUAAUAGGAAUAUCAAAAUGCCUAAGAAAUUGGCCAAACGAUGAAAUGGGAUUGCUUUUAUUUGAGUAUAGUUCUUUUGAUCUAAUUA